AUGUCCUUAUCAAAACCUUGGAGUCAUUUCGGUCCUCACCAUCCUUUCCCGGAAAAACAGAACUAUUACCGGGACGCUUUCCCCCCUUCCCUUCUUCCUCCACUAGGGUUCUCCAUUUCUGCGGCUUUUGCCCCGGGACCCACCAUGAGUAACGCCAAUUUGAACGCCUUGCCGUUGGAUGAGAUGGAGCGCUUCCAGAAGCUGUCUAAUGAGUUCGAGCCGGAUGUUCAGGGGCCCCUAGUCUCAACAAAGCAGUCCAGUCAUAGCAUUGCUAUGGACUAUGCCAAUGCCGACCCGACUCUUGCUACAAAGACAAGUGCUCUUGCAAUUACCCACCCGAUGACCCGCAUCAUGAAAGGCGAUGGGAAUUGUGGUUGGCGCGCGGUGACUUUUGGAUACUUCGAAACCCUCUACGCUCUGCGAGACCCCAUACGUGUUCAGCGUGAAAUGAGUCGCAUUGAAUCGCUUAAUACAUUGCUUGUUCAGGUCGGCCUCGACCCCACUCUAUACGAGAUCUUUGUGGAUGCCACUGAAGAUGCAUUCGCACAAACCUUGGCGGCUAUCCAGAAUGGCGAGCAGGAUGAAACAUACCUGGUCAAUGCCUUCAAUGAUGAAUUCAACUCAAAUUCCAUCAUUACUCACUUCCGACUACUCACCAGCACCUGGAUGAAACUCAAUCCUCAACAAUACCAAGCCUUUCUCUCCGGGCCCUUGGACGAAUACUGUGCUAAACACAUCGACCCUUUGAAGACGGAGAUCGAUCAAGUCGGACUCCAAGCUCUGCUCGACGGAUCCGGGUUUGGAGUCGAGAUUCUCUACCUUGAUCGAAGUGAGGGCGACGCAGUGACGCCUCACCGGCUGGUUUCCGGAUCUACCCCGAAUGGACCCACUGUCCGCCUGCUCUAUCGACCUGGCCACUAUGAUCUUCUUUACCGCGCCGAGCAGACUGUGGAUAUGACACCCAUGGUUAACCUCCAAUACGGAAUGACUUCAAACUAUACCCCUUGGGACCAAGGUGCUCUCUCCUUCGACGUUAACUCAAGUUUGAUGUCCAUUCCCAAUUUGAUGGCAGACCCCGGAUCUGGGUUUGGCAUGCCCAUGUCUCCAAUUCCAUCGGUACCUCAGACGCCAGCAAGCCCGUUCCGAAUAUCCACUCCCCAGGACAUGUACCAGUCACCCCUUCAGAAUCACGUUCCAGUUCCCGUCUCAUCACCUCCACCUGUGAUGCCUUCGGCCCCGCCCCCAAUGACGACUCUACCCAACAGAUCUGAAGGCCCGCAGAUCCGCUUGAAUCCGUUGGUGAUGAAACCCAACCUGAGCCAUUCCCUGCCAGUGACCACCCCUUUUAAAAACUCCCCCUACAAUCAAGCGCACUUCCAGAACCAAGAUUUUGAGCCCAUUCACUGGGAACCAAGUGACUCGCGUCGGUGA